UAACGACUGAACGAAUACACAACCUCGUAAUCUGUCGCACGAAAAAGAAGAGUUAACAAGUCGCUCUAUACUGACAUUUUGCAUUCAGUGUCACAUUCAAGUUCACAAUGGCAAAACUUGCGAUGAUUUUUUUGGCAGUCGUUCUUUUGCAGUUACUCACAACACGAGUAAUAGCUCAAUGCUCUGCGUUGGACCAGCUUCAGAAGAGAAUCAAUUCAUUACAGGCUGAAGCUGAUAAACUGAAACAAAGCGGAUGUUGCAACCAAGGUAUAUUUGUUUCUUCUUAUUUAUUUCUUAUGCAUAGCAAGUGUGCAGUUUAGUGUGUACAUGAGAGUCAUAUUACAAUCACUCACCCUGAGAAGUUAUUAAUAAACGACCUUCAUACGUCUUUUCAAUAUAAUUCAUAAGCUUAUUGGCGAAUCAUGUCAACCAUAAUAUGCCACGUGCAGUGGCUUUAAACCUGAUAAAACACUCCUAAUUAGUAUUCUUUAUAUAAAGAAUACUAAUAAGGCAGUAUCUGUUGUAGUCGUGUACUAGUUAAACUUUAAGUACUAGUUAAAACACGAGCAGCCGAUCUUUAUCUGAUAUACAUCGACCGACGCCCAACGGCGAGAGUUUGUAUAUCCAGGGCCGUAGGAAGCUCUUUUCGAUUGGGGGGGCUGAAAGCGAGGGCCGAAGGCCCGAGGAAAUUUUUAAAUUUAGAGUCUCUAAAAUGCCAUUUCCUGGACUUUGGGGGAAGAUUUAACAGAAUUCUGAUAGUCAGAAAACAGCGUUUUAGUAUGUCGAAAUUUACAGGAAAGUAUAGGCCAGACUGUAGUAUUAUAAAUGCGCGGCGGGAAUUUUCGUCGUAAAUGGCAGUUGCGCGGAAAUGAAGGCAGAACAUUUGAGAAAAUUUCGAAAAUCUGGAGUCUCUAGAUGGUCUGAAAUGGCAUUUUCAGAGUUUUCUUUCGCAAGACCCAACACGCAAAAGACAAAAUAAAUCAUUAGUUCAUCAAAAAUGUGCAGAUUUUGUGGGUUUUCUUGAAAAUGCGCGACAGAAAUUCAGCUAAAAUUUCUACGCGAGGAACGAUCUGGAGUAUGAGUAAUAUCUUCAUUCUUUGCAGUUUGUCACAGAUUAAAUGAUAAAGUUUGCAUGAUUUUGAAAAAAGAAUGAUUAUUAGCAAAUUAUUGGGGGGGGGGGGCUGCAGCCCCCCCAGCCCCCCCGGUUGCUACGGCCCUGAUAUCAGAUAAAGAUCGGAUGCGAAUCUUGUAUCUUCCUCGUGAUAGACAUUUCGCAUGACGCACGCACUAGGUCAUUUUUCUACCCGUUUCAAAAGUAAAUGCAUAGCGAUAUAAAUUGAUGUGUUUGUCAAUUUGUUAUGAUUAAUUUCGAUCAUAACUGCGAUCAUAAAGCACAAAAUUGCACGAAUUUUGAUCAUAUUGAACAAAAGUCGCAAGAUAUUAAAAAAUCACAGAAUCUUUUUUACAAAUCGUGAGAUUCACGGUGAAAUUUAAGAAAAUAUUUACUGAUUACUUCCUACACGAACAGAUCCGUGCAGCAAAGACGUGAUCGCGUACUACAAAUUUGACCGUUCAUUCCGUGAUGUAUGCAACGGCCAUAAUGCAGUGCAAGUUGGGUCUGUUGGGUUGGCAGCAUCUUCUGGUAUAAGCAAUGGAGCAGCUUUAUUCAAUGGAGCAAGCAAACUCCGUAUAGCUAGUCUCAAUGGCUAUACGUGGGGCUCACAAUUCUCUGUCAGUCUCUGGUUCAAACGCACUGGCCAGCAAGGCAACUAUCAAGGCAUCAUAAACAAUGGUUACUAUAGCUACGGAAGUUGGGAGAUACGAAUGGGGCGAGAGAAUUCUGGCCAGAAAAUUGGUGCAGGUGUUGUCACAUCAAACUCAGCUGCAACUUGGAAUUAUGCCACCACAGCCAGCUACAAUCACUGGCACCAUGUGGCGAUGACGUACGAUGGUGCUACUCUCAACUUUUAUCUCGAUAAUCAGCAACAGAAAGGAAACUCAAAGUGUUGUCAAGGCAACCUCGUCAACAAGACUAAUGACGUCAUCAUUGGUCAAGCAGGUCACGGGAUGUCCAGAGAGUUCUUUUAUGGCUACAUUGAUGAAGUGAAAUUGUUCAAGAAAGCUUUGACGGCUGAUGAAGUUACACAACUCUAUCGACUUAAAAAUGUCUAAACGCGAUAAUGACGUAAUGUGGCAUUUUUCGGAGUGUUUUUUUUCCUUAUUUUUAUAUAACUAUACUGUAUACGGUGGAUAGCCGUAUCUUCGUACAAUGAAACCCUGGACACUCCUUUUUAAAACACUUAAUUGGUGCAUGCAUGGAAUGAUUAAUUGGUGCAUAUGCAGGGUGUUAGCCAGAAUUUCAAAAGUGGCCGUCCAAAAUAAUUUUGUGGGCGUGGCCACAAUUUUUUGUGGGUGGGGUCACAUGUUUUUGGGCGUGGCCGCAUUUUUUUGUUGUGGAAUUGUGGUGUUCUGUUCGUUGAACCUUUUUACUUUUAGAUGCACAUUCCCGUCAUUAAAUUAGUAAAAGCACACGUAUGGUAUGAACCGUAGUGUAGUGUUUAGUUAUUUUUUUAUCAAUCGCGGAUAUUUUUCCCUUUUUUAUGCGUUUGCCUCAUUUUAUAGCCAUCUUUACCCGGUAACUGUAACUCCAAAGCACGUAGCGCUCGAGCGAUAAAGCGAUUGCUGUUUUUUAAAACAGCGGUUUCAAAUUAUUCUCCUUAAUACUUCAUGCGAGAAUCAUGACCAUGGUUACAAAAACGGGGCGCAUUUGUCGAUACUUAAAUUCAGCCAUGUUCAACGUGUUUUCGACGGGAAAAAGUAUGAAAACAUAUACCAUAAGUAAAGUAAACAGCAGAUGGCAACAAUUCGAAGUAUUCAAGAAAUAUUACAAAGCUUGUAAAUUGCUAUUUAAAUUAAAGAAAAUAUUCCCUUAGGCCGUCCAUGGCCGUCCAUUAAAAUUUAGCCGUCCGAAUUCAGAAAUGGCCGUCCGUAGGACGGUCGGACGGCCGCCUGGCUAACACGCUGUGCAUAUGAAUACUUAUAUUAAUUACAAAAAUAAAAGUCAAAUAUAAAUUAUUGUUCUAGAUAAUUUGAUGGCACCCAGCCUGUUCUGUUCCCUAUUUUCGCUAGCCACCAGCCCCCUUCAUCUCGCUUCAUGACCUCGACUCUUUCGCCUCUCUUAAUAUCUAGUGUAUCAUGCACAUCGUCAGAGUAAUCGGCAAUGACGUAAUAAUACUGCGCGCUACUAGGCCGUGAUGAUAAGUUCUCCGUACUUCGUGUUUGUUUUAACGCUACAGCAGGUUUUACUCGAAGAAGAUUUUCAAUACUACCGGAGUUUCUGUUCCUAGGAAGGGUGGGUUUUUGUCCUCGACUUGGUAUAGGGGGCGCGGGCACACCCUUUCGUUGGCCACUUGGAAUGUUCGUAGGUCGAACAGGUGGAGAUGGUCUUGCAGGUGGGGGACGGCCGGUUUGUGGGCGUGGGGUGAUGUGAGGUACAUUAACCUUUGGUGAAGGUGUGGGUCUUUCCUUGGGUUUUUCUGUAAGAUACGUCGAUGGUGCCCACCCCUCUGCACCACAUGACUGCACGUACCACCACCCACUGUCACUCUUCUCCAGUACUUUGACUAGCGCGCCUUCUUUUAAUGAUAUAUUCAAAUGAUCAUUGUCGAAAUAAUCACUGAUCGCCAUAUAAUCAGCACCUGUCGCAUCCCGCUUUACUGGGGCAGGUUUUUCGCCCCUGGGUUUUCUAACCUCUGCUCCCCCUGGUUUUGGCACCCCGUGGUUUUUCACACCGGGUUUUGCUACCGCAGGUUUAGGUGACCAAGCUUUAGGAACCGCUGGUUUUGGUAUUGGAGUUCUUGCUAUUGCAGGUUUGGGUACCCCCACGGGUUUGGGUACCCCCACGGGUCUGAAAACCCCGGGUUUUGUUACCUCAAAGUGAUCCACUCUCUUUUCCCGUCGUUCAAUAUAAGAUGAUGGAACCCAGCCCUCUUUCUCGCCAAUUUUACAGAACCACCAACCGUUUGGAGAUUUCUCUAUGAUGUUUACAGAAACUCCUUUCUGAACGCUCAGUCCUCCGUUAAAACCCUGGGCAUGAUAGUCAGACAAUGUUACAUAUUCGGCUUCAUUCAACGAUGAUACAGAACCUUGUUCCUCACGUGAUGGCGGUGGUCGUAUGCGGUUCUUCACCUUGUGAGAUUUACGCACCUUGAAAAAAUUUCAGAUUUAAAAUUUUGAAACUGUGUAACGCCUGUAGGUCGGUAUUAGUGAGUUUGGCAACC